AUGAUAGCGCGAAAGAAAGGAUGGAGAAAGAUUCAGUAUUUCUGUCGCCUUGCGCUGCAGCAAGGUUACAAAUAUGCCUGGGUGGAUACUUGUUGCAUCAACAAACAGGACUUCACAGAGCUGACGGAAGCCAUCAAUUCCAUGUUCAAAUGGUACGCGCGAUCCUCAGUCUGCUAUGCGUACCUGUCGGAUGUGGGCGUCGACGGGGUGUCACUUCAACAGUCCCAGUGGUUCACUCGCGGGUGGACUUUACAGGAGUUGAUCGCCCCCACACGCGUUGAUUUCUUUGACAAGGACUGGAACUACAUUGGAAGUCAAGCCGAUCUAUGCGACAUCAUCCAAGAACGCACGAAUAUUGACAAAAGCAUACUCGUGGCAGGAAGCGGGAGAGUCGAAGGCCUUUUGACGACAAUACCCGUUGCGAGAAGAAUGUCUUGGGCAUCUGGGCGCACGACCAAGAGAGAAGAGGAUUUGGCGUACUGUCUCUUGGGUGUUUUUGGAGUUAAGAUGCCACUUCUUUACGGCGAGGGGAACAGGGCGUUCAUCCGACUUCAGGAAGAGAUUAUUAAGGAGACCAAUGACUUGUCAAUCUUUGCUUGGUCUGCUCCGACUGACUCUCCAUUGGGCUAUUUCGGAAUUUUGGCCAUGUCGCCAUCGGUUUUCGAAACCGCAAUUGAUAUCGUCUUUACCUUCUACUACCUAGGGCUGCCCUAG